UAGCAGCUGCCUGGUCAUGCUAGCGUGGCGCCGCGUGGGGGCUCCGGGGGGCUCGACUCGGCUUUUCCACAUCAACACACUCGGCGAGCGAGACGAUAGUAGUACGACACUCUCCCGAUUCUACCCCAACCGGGAAUUGAACAAAGGAAGCACACUUUGCCCCACAUGACAUGCGUUCUGCAGGCAGGGUAGGUCUGGGUAUCUCUGUGAGAUAGUGUUACAUUGCUCGGCCUGAUAUCAUGUCAAUAUUGUAUGUCAGUGGUACGGUGGUACCUGACAACCACCACUGCAUCACAGAGCAUUGCCAGAGAGCGUCUUCGAUGCAGAUAAAAUCAAGGUAUUGCCCCCUUCCCAUCCAUUCGUCUCCUUCUCGUCUGUCAAUAUCACAAGUGAAGCUUUGCCACCACACCUUUUCCACCCGUCGAACACCAACCCUCCGACUCAACACAACGAGACCCGCGGAGCAUAUACCUCCCGUCAGCCUGCUCCGGUCCCUUUCUAUUUUCUGGUCAUAUUUGGCAACAUUCCGUGCUCCACCCCGGUUGUUCGUCGAGUCAACAAAUCGUCCAGGUUCCCCUUUGAAGAAAAGAACCAAGUGGGAAUCCCUGCCUUGUCUGCUUGGAAAGAAGGCUACAAUCGGUACCAAUCGACCGACCAAAUCUUCAUCGGUCUUCGCUCCUUACACCCGGUCUCCGUUGGCGGGAAAAGGAAAGGGUCAACGUCGUUGUCCAGCCCUCCUUUUACUCGGCUUUUUGCUCGACUGCUGUUCCCCCGCAUUUACCCGUUGCCGCGCCACCUCCACCGGAUCCUCUAGCCAAAAAACAGAACUGCCAAACAAGCCCACGGCCCGCGAGAAAAAGGGGAGAGAGAGAGGAAGAGAGAGAGAGAAAGAAGUUCGUGUGUUGCUUCGAGAGAAGAAAAAUCUCGUGCUUCCACCACCGAACCAGUGCCCCUCCCUCGCCUCUCGUGUCGACGACCACGCCGCCAACUACCUGACCAGCUCAGGUCCUCUCACCAAACAAUAAUCACCAGAAAAGGCAGGAUGGCAGAGAAACUCAGCGCCGUAAGACGCUGGUCAAAACGGCUGGCCGUCGAGGCCGAGCCCGGGCUCACCACAGCCCAAUUGAUGUUGACGAACCACGACCUGAAGCCCGUGGAGGCCGAGCGUCGAACAUGGGGUGCUUGGAACUUUGUCGGCUUUUGGAUUGCUGACUCGUUCAACAUCAACACGUGGAUGAUUUCGUCGUCCAUGAUGUUCAAUGGCCUGUCAUGGUGGCAAUCGUGGCUGUGUGUUUGGAUCGGUUAUGCCAUCUCGGGCUGCUUCAUCUGCUUGACCGGCCGCAUUGGUGCUACUUAUCACAUUGGUUUCCCCGUCGCCAGCAGAUCCUCCUUCGGCAUCUGGGGUAGCUUUUGGCCUGUCCUCAACAGAGCUGCCAUGGCUUGUAUAUGGUAUGGUGUUCAGGCUUAUAUCGGAGGUCACUGUGUGUAUCUCAUGAUCCGAUCCAUCUGGAAGGCAUGGGACCGUGACACGAUUCCCAACACCUUCUCUCCUACAUCAGGCACCACGACAGCCGACUUUGUCUCUUUCUUCAUCUUCUGGCUCUGCUCAUUGCCCGCCAUCUGGUUCCCUGUCCACAAAAUCCGCCAUCUGUUUACCGUCAAGGCCUACUUUGUCCCCUCCGCCGCCAUUGCCUUCAUGAUCUGGGCCAUUGUCCGUGCCGGCGACAUUGGCCCCAUCAUUCGCCAGCCGUCUUCCCUGAAGGGCAGCGAUCUUGCCUGGGAGUUUGUCAAGGGCAUCAUGACUUCGAUCGCCAACUUUGCCACGCUCAUCGUCAACGACCCGGACUUUUCUCGUUACGCCAGGAAGCCCAAAGACGCGCUCUGGCCCCAGCUCUUGACGAUUCCCACGGGCUUCGCCAUCACUUCGCUCAUCGGUAUUCUUGUCUCAUCCUGUUCGUUUUCGAUUUACGGCGAAGCUGUCUGGGAUCCGCUCGAACUGCUGGAGAAAUUUCUAGAUGAAGGCAAUUCGGCCGAGCGCUUCGGCGUCUUCGUCAUCGCUUUCGCCUUCUCGCUCGCCCAGCUCGGUACCAACAUCGCCGCCAACUCGGUAUCCGCCGGCGCUGAUCUGACUGCCUUGUUGCCUCGCUGGAUCAACAUUCGCCGUGGCGGUUAUAUUUGCGCGGCGGUCGGUCUAGCGAUGAACCCCUGGACCCUUCUCAAAUCCAACAACCAGUUCACCACCUACCUCUCGGCCUAUAGCGUAUUCCUCUCCUCGAUCGCCGGUGUCAUAAUCUUCGACUACUACGUUGUUCGCCGCGGUUAUCUCGAAAUCAAGGAACUCUACGAUGGACGCAAAACCGGACCCUACUAUUACACCUGGGGUAUCCACUGGCGCGCCUAUGCCGCCUACAUUGCCGGUAUUUUGAUCAACGUGGUCGGCUUUGCCGGAGCAGUUGGAAGGAAAGUUCCGAUUGGAGCCACCUACAUUUACAACGUCAACUUCUUUGCCGGUUUUCUCGUCUCUGGUGGCGUUUACUCGCUUCUUUGCCACUUCUUCCCCGUCCCGGCCGUUAGCGACAAGUGGAUGGAAGUUGGUGACGAGAUUGAGGACCUCAGGGUUACGUACGACAGCGACGGCGCGACCGGAAGUGGUCAUGAAAUUUAUGCUGAUCCCAUGGUUGGAAAGUCCUACAAACUGGGUGCAGAUGACAGCAAGAUUGUCUAGGAAGGGCAGACAUAUCUUUAGACGGAUGUAGUUCAGCGCACACUACUUAUACGCUAUACACACACUCACCAACACGGGAACGAAGUAAUGCGGUUGGUCUUUAUUUUUGCAUAGACAAGGCUUCUUCCGGAGGACAGGUGACGAGCCAGGUUUGGUUUUGUUACCUCUAAUAACUCGAUUUUUUUCUCGAGCCUUGGUGUUGGGACUGGAAAUGCCACGUACGCGGACUGAGGCGCAAUGAUAGUAAUUAGGGUAAGCUUAGAGAAGAGCGUAUUGUUUCGAUAUUUUGGUUAGGAAUACUCGGUUGGCUAUGGUUAACGAUUUGAUGAGUUACGAAUAAUGAUAAUGAAGAGAAUACGUGUUACACGUAC